CAACAACGAAAAGCGCUUGUCCAAUCAACCAUUGUCAAAAUGGGGGCACAUGUUUUCAAACUAGUUCCCAAACAGGAUACACAUGUGCGUGUCCUCAUAGCUAUACUGGACACACUUGUGAAACAGAUACAUCUUCCUCGUCAUCAGUCUUUGUCAGCUGUCUUGAUGACGCAUGGAACAUCACAGUGGAUCUUCAACCUUUGCGUCAAAAAUACCCGGAUUUUGAUCCAGAUGAAUGUUAUAUAGGUUUUGACAACGCUAACUGUACCGGAAGUAUGCAUGGUGAUAGUCUCUAUUUCAGACAAAAUUACAAGGACUGCAAAACAAUUGAAAAGAAUCUGACGGAAGGUAUUGAAUACAGCAAUGAACUUCUCUGCGCCCGUCAUGAUCGUCUGUACCACUUCAUAAUUCGUGAAGUUCGACUUCAAGUGAAACUGCUUUGCAAAUUUUUCUCUCUUGAUGUGGUUUCUUCAACACCUACGGAUCGACAAGUUCAUCUUCAAUACUUUUCUGACCCCGCGCUCACAAGGGCCAAGGAUUUCAAUAGAUGCCAAGCUGGAGAGAAGCUAUAUGUUCGGGCAUUGAGUGACGUCACGGACAGUAACAUAAAAAUGAGAUUAUCACACUGCUAUAUCACACCAGCGGUUAUCACUGACCUUGGGAUGCAGUAUUAUAUCAUCAAAGAUGGGUGUGUAAUUGAUCCUAAUGCUGUAGUAUUCUAUCAGUUAGAUCACGAAACAAGGUUCUCCUUCCAGUAUGUUGAGUUCUCUAGCAGUCAUGGUACUGUGCAUUUAUACUGUAACGCUACUUUCUGUCAGAAAAAUGAUCAUUCUCCCGCCUGUCAACCCACGUGUUCUAGUAAUGUGGCCAGAAGUUUAAGGGAAAAUUACGUUAUCAAUAUCCAAAAUGAUACCGACAAUGAUGAAGAAAAACGUCGUUAG